ACAUCAACAAUAUGACAUAAAUUGCAAACUGAAUAAUGAAAUAUUCAGUAUUACAAUCUCUGAUCGUCAUCAGAAGAGGUUUCUUGAAAACAUUGACCUAUAUAACAAAACUCCCUCAAAGUACUUCGAUCAUUUUUUUAAAGCAAUUUAAGACUUCGGACAACAGAAAGGACACAGUGCAGUUUGGACUGUCGAUCAGGUGGGAACAAUGUGGUUAGAUGUCUUACCACGAGUCAUUUUUUUAGUUGGGUUUUAAAGGUGAACAAUUUGCAAGUUUGGACCAAUCCCAACUGCACUCUGAAAAAAUGCAACCAUUUGUUUUUAAAAUACUGAAAUUUGAUCUCUCUUAAAUAGUUUUAUGUUGAAAAUUUUUACCUUCAUAACGUGGAACGUUUAUAUAUUUUUUUUUAUUAAAGGAAUAAUGAUUUUUUUUAAGUUAGAGACGAGAAACACCAUUUCAAACAUUAUAUAUUACAAAAAUAUUAGAUGAUAAGGGAGGAUUGUCUUUUCUGACAAGAGUGCACAUACAUGUACAUGUACAUUGAAUUAUUCAUAUAUAAUUUAUAUAUCGUUCUGCACUUUUGCUCCUUAUCAUUCUUUAAUCGUUCCUUAUCACAGUGCCCUACAAAUAAUCUUAGUCUCAAAAUGGUAAUUCAACAACUUUUAUUCUUUGGAGUUGUACUUACGUCAUUUUACGGUGGCCAUACCACCGGAUGUGAUCCAGGAUGGGUCCACUUUCAGGCCUCGUGUUACCUUUUUAAAGAUGAGACUGAGAACUGGGCAUCAGCAGGGUUAAUAUGCACUGCUUUACAAGGAAAACUGGUGGAGGUUGAAUCUUCUGUAGAGAACAAGUUUUUGAAAAACCGAAUAUCUCAUCUUCAUCCAAACCAUAAUUCUGAUAAUGUCAAUUACUGGACGGGUGGUAAUGACCUAGAAAACGAAGGUUCCUAUAUUUGGGUAAAAGGUAGAGCACCUUUUACCUUCACUGACUGGCAUGCUAGUCAACCAAACGGUGGCAGCGAGGAUUGUGUCGCCUACAACUGUUUCACGGACUCUUCGAUCCAAUGGCACGAUUUCGCCUGUCACCAAAUGUUCUACUACAUCUGUGAGAAAGAAUUGAGUGAUGAUGAAUUGAUGAACAUCAUUGGAUAAUGAGUAGAGACCUGUGUGUCA